AUGUCGAACGUCCGCACAUCCACGGGCCCGCAGCAGGAAGUGGCAGGCACGCUGCCCAACAACUACUCGCUCGGCGGCGGCAACAUGAAGGCGGACUACAAGGUGCCGCUCAACGCCGUGCCCAAUCCGGAGGCGGGUCGCGACGACGUCAACACGGGCGGUCGCGGUGGCGAUGUCCUGCGCACCGAAACUCAGGCUCAUGAUAUCGACUUGCCUGCGAACAAGCCACACAUGCACGCGGGUGCUAAUGAGUCGCAUAAGCAGGUGCACUCGUCCCAGUCGGGUCCGGACAAGCCUCGUGUAUAA